AUGUUUCAAUACAAACACUGCAAAAGAUGUGUUAGGUUUAUAUCACAGUUCAAAAUACCAGUAACCGAAUGUGUUCCCUACGAGCCCCAGCGAAGAGUAUUCGAUCCGAAACUUUGCGCCCUCCGUGAUAAGGGUUUGGUACUUGGUGUGUAUUUUAAUGAAAAUGUGAAAGAGGAAGGAGCAAUUCUAACUGCGAGUGCUCAAAAAUAUGAUAAGCAAUGUGAUGGAAAACUUUGGAAACAGUUAAAAUUGACGCCGAUACCGAAACUAGGAGAAUACAGAAUAUUCUAUGAUUUGGAUAGCACGUAUGGUUUUGUAGCUGUUGCUGGCCUCGGUACGGAAUGUUUGAGGUUUGAUACGAAUGAACAAUUGGAUGAAAGUAAGGAGGCCAUACGAGUAGCGGCCGGUCUAGGCGCUCAUGCUUUGCAAAAGUUCCAACCUUCUGUCAUACAUGUGGAAUCAUUUGGAAAUGCUGAAGCCGCAGCGGAAGGUGCAACACUAUCUACCUGGAAAUUUCAAAAAUAUAGACAUACCUCAAGUACACAAAUAGUACCAAAAGCAAAACUUCAAUUGUUUGAUGAUUGUGAUUUUGAUGGAUGGAAAAUUGGCGCUCUAAAAGCUGAAUCUCAAAAUUUAGCACGUUACCUACAAGAGAUGCCUCCUAACAUUCUAAAUCCGAUAGCAUUUGCUAAAAUAGCAGUAGAUCUUUUAUGUGAAUUAGACAUUAACGUGGAAAUCAAAACUCAAGGCUGGGCAGCCAGCCAUGAAAUGGGGGGAUUUAUUGCCAUAGGAAAAUCAUCGAUGCAACCCCCAUUAUACGUAGAGAUAAGUUAUUUCGGUGCUGAUGAAUGUACGAGACCUAUUGUAUUAAUUGGAAAGGGUGUUACAUUUAACAGUGGGAGCCUUGAUCCCAAACCAAAGAAGGAUUUAAAAUAUAUGAAAGGCGAUAUGGCUGGGGCAGCGUGUGUUUUAGCUAUCACUCGCGCAGCGGCGAUACUUAAACUGCCUGUAAAUAUUCGAGGUAUUCUUCCUUUAUGUGAACUUAUGCCAGGCGGAAGGAGUCCAAAAUUUGGAGAUGUGGUGUCAAGUGCUAAUGGCAAAACUAUACACAUUAGAUUACCUUCACGUGAAGGUCGCCUGCUGAUAGCCGACAGUUUAGUGUACGCAAGGAAUUAUUGGCCUCAAUUUAUUCUUGAUAUAGGAACUAUGUCGAAAGAACUCAUUUACACGUUAGGGGGCGCUGCAUGCGCUUGUUAUACUAACUCUGAAGAAUUAUUUAACUAUGCAGAAGCAGCGAGUUCUCAAACUGGAGAUAGAAUUUGGCGGAUGCCGUUAUGGAAGUUUUACGAGGAUCGUAUAAAGAAUUGUGAGUGCGCUGAUAUAGCAAAUACAGGACAGGAUGAAUUCGGGGAUUCCCCCAAUUGCGCUGCGUUUCUUAAGCAGUUUGUAUGCGACAGCAGAUGGCUACACUUCGACACAUACAACGUUGCUUACACUAAAGGCUUAGACUUCCCCUACCUCCAUAAAGGCAUGACCGGCAGACCCACAAGGACUGUCAUCGAAAUGAUUCACCAGUUACUAGCAAAUUCUAAGUUG